GGGCACCGGACUGAGCGCUUGGCUGGCGCGGACGGUUCGGCCACGGAUGGAGACCGUCCCUGCCCCACGAUGGGCUCGCGGGCUAAUCGAAAUUAACGAUGACAUCUGUGCUCGGGAAAAUGCAGAGGCGGCACAGCAGCAAUACGGAUAACCUUCCCCCCGACAGGAGCCGAAGCCAGGCGCUCAGCCCGGAGACCGGCGUGGAUGAAGGCGGCGUCUUCGAAGGCCUGAAGGCGGAGGCCGCCCCGGCCGCGCCGCUGUUCUCCGGCCUGCCGGGCCUCCCGGCGCCCGCCCCCUACCAGCCCGGCCUGCUGCUGGGCGCCGCGGCCGGCCGCGGGGAGGUGUUCGUCCAGAUGGCCGCCCCGCGCGGGGAGGACGGGGCCGGCCGGGCCGAGCCGGGGCCCUACCCGCCCCCUCACCACCGCCCGCCGCCCCGCCACUUCCACCACGGCCCCCACCGGGCGGCCGCCCUCCUGCCCGGGGGCGGCGACCGCCACGUGCCCGCCGAGGAGGGCGGCGGGCCCGGCGGCGACGAGCAGGCCGGGACCCCGGCCCCCGCCCUGUCGGAGCUGAAGGCCGUGGUCUGCUGGCUGCAGAAGGGCCUCCCCUUCGUCCUCAUCCUCCUGGCCAAGGCCUGCUUCCGCCACAAGCUGGGCAUCGCCGUGUGCGUCGGGAUGGCCAGCACGUUCGCCUACGCGAACUCCACGCUCCGCGAGCAGGUGUCCCUGAAGGAGAAGAGGUCGGUGCUGGUGACCUUCUGGAUCUUGGCCUUCCUGGCGGGGAACACGCUCUACGUCCUCUACACGUUCAGCUCCCGGCGGCUGUACGACGGCCUGGUCAUCCUGAGGGCCAACCCGGAGAGCCCGGAUUUCUUCGAGCUGCUGUGGAUCUUGGGGAUCGGCGAUUUCAUCCUCAAGUACAUCACCAUCGCGCUCAAGUGCCUGGUGGUGGCCCUACCUAAGAUCCUCCUGGCCGUCAAGUCCAAGGGCAAGUUCUACCUGGUGAUCGAAGAGCUGAGCCAGCUGCUGCGUUCCCUCGUGCCCAUCCAGCUGUGGUACAGAUACAUCCUGGGAGACGGCCCUUCCGGCAGCUACUUCUUGGGGGGCGUCCUCAUCGUCCUCUACGGUCUCUGUAAGUCGUUCGACAUCUGCGGCCGCGUGGGGAGCGUGAGGAAGGCGCUGAAGUUUCUCUGCACCCCUCAGAGCUACGGGGUCCGAGCCACCAGUCAGCAGUGCAGUGAAGCCGGGGACAUCUGUGCCAUCUGCCAGGCUGAGUUUCGGGAACCUCUGAUCCUCCUGUGCCAGCACGUGUUCUGCGAGGAAUGCCUCUGCCUGUGGUUCGACCGCGAGAGGACGUGCCCGCUGUGCCGCUCGGUCGCCGUGGAGACCCUGCGCUGCUGGAAGGACGGCACCACCUCCGCCCACUUCCAGGUGUACUAGGCCCCCGGCCCCGCCGAGGCCGGGCCGGCCUCCCCCGGCGGCCCCCGACGCCCCCGGGGGCCGGACCUCGACUCCCCUCCGUGUCCGUGUCCGCCCCGUGGGGCUCCGCUCCCCUCCCGCUCCUUCCGACCUCCGUCCGUCUAGCCGGGUCGUGGCGAGGAGGAGUUGGGGAAGACGGCCGGCGGCCCCGAGUGUGGGGAGUUAGAAUCCUUGUUUCCACCCUGUGCUGAAUUCUUUCUCUCUCUGUCUCUUUCCUCUUCCCUCUCCCCUCCUCUCUCCUCUGCCUCUUCCCUCAUCCUUCUCU